AUGCAAGAAGGGCAGAAAGGUCUUCCUAAGGGGUGUAAUGUAGUCAUCGCAUCCCGUAAAUUUAAUAGAUUAAAAUCUGCUGCAGACGAGUUGAGGGCCAGUCUGCCUUCCGGCAGUGAGGUUCAAGUUACUCCGAUACAGUGCAACAUCCGUAAAGAAGAGGAGGUGAAUAAUCUGAUCAAAACUACCUUAGAACUUCAUGGUAAGAUCAAUUUCUUGGUAAACAAUGGAGGAGGGCAGUUCCUGUCUCUGGCUGAGCACAUCACUUCAAAAGGAUGGCAUGCUGUCGUUGAAACCAACUUGACGGGUACCUUCUACAUGUGCAAAGCAGCUUACAACUCCUGGAUGAAAGAGCACGGAGGAUCUAUUGUCAAUAUCACUGUGCUUUCUAAAAAUGGAUUUCCGACAGCUGCGCAUAGUGGAGCUGCAAGAGAAGGUGUUUACAACCUCACCAAAACCUUAGCUUUGGAGUGGGCCAGCAGUGGAGUAAGGAUCAAUUGUGUUGCGCCUGGAUCAAUUUAUUCCCAGUCUGCUUUUGACAACUAUGGUGAGUUGGCAAGUGAUCUGUUUCCCAGGCUGUUUCACAAAAUACCAGCUAAAAGACUUGGAGUUCCUGAGGAGAUCUCCUCCCUCGUCUGCUUCCUGCUCUCUCCUGGAGCGUCCUUUAUCACCGGACAGUUGAUAGACGUGGAUGGGGGUCAGUCUCUGUACACUUACUGGUGGGAGAUACCAGAUCAUGACAACUGGCCUGAAGGAGUAGGGGACCUUUCCGUGGUCAAAAGGAUGAAGGCAUCUUAUAAGGAAAAAGCUAAACUCUAAACUAAGGAAACAAGGAGGUGUCCUUUGUCCUCAAGUGCCUUAACAUCUUGAAAACGUACUUUUGUAUUUUAUAGCUUAUCAUUGGUACGGAAACACUACUUUCUGCUUUUUUAAUGUUAUCAAUUAUAUCUAUGCAAUUAUAUCAAUUAUAUCUAUGUAUUUUUGAAUCCUAAUCAAUGCCUUUUCACCUGUGAGUAAAAAAAAUUUUUUUAGGAAUGGAAGUUAACAUACUUUAUGAUUAUACUCUUUAUUUCUAAGAAAAGUAUUUGAAAAAUGAAAUUAAAUUAAUAAUAAUUAGAGAUGUCAUGAACUCCCAGACAUCAUUAUUUAAUUAUAAAAGUAGACAAUGAACCUAAAUUGCACAUAAUUAUGAUUACUACAGCUAGAAUUAUACAGUGACUGAUUUGGAGUGGCAAGUACUUUGGGGUCAAUAAAACUUUAUUAUCAAUUUGUAGUUUUUGUUCAUGAAGUCAAAUUUUGAAUAAAGCCUUUUAAUUCACAAGAAAAAUAAAAUACAUGUGGCAUUUA